GUCAAACCCUCUUUCGCUGCUGUGAGAAAACAGAAUGCUCUUCUUACCCACGCUCUUCGUGCUCUCCGGUGUCCUCCGCGCAGCGUCGGUGGUGGAAUCCGUUCCCACCUUUGAGGACGUAAACCAGGACACCGGAGAAGUCGUCGUCUGCGACAUGUGUCCACCCGGUACGCACGUGAGCGCGCGCUGCACCGCCACCACGCCCACCCGGUGCGCACCGUGCAAAGCCGAGCACUUCACGGGGCUGUGGAACUACCUGCCCCGGUGUCUGUACUGCAGCACCUUCUGCACCGACAACCAGGAGGUGGAGAAGGAGUGUUCGCCGCUCAACGACAGAGUCUGUCGGUGCAAAGACGGCUUUUACACCAACGGCGACUUCUGCGUCCGACACUCCGCGUGCGAGCCUGGCCACGGAGUUCAGACGAGAGGUACGACGCAAAUGAACACGGUGUGUGAAGAGUGUUCUGAUGGCUACUUCUCCAACUCAUCUUCUGCGCUGGACGCGUGCGUAAAACACCAGGAAUGCGCAUGCGCAGAGCAAGUUCUGCUCCCGGGCUCCGUUUACCACGACACCGUGUGUGGCAGCUGUGAUGACCUCGCGAAUGGAGGGGAAACACUCAGGACUUUUAUGACUGGAUUCUUCAGCAUGCACAGGAUGCGUGUGGGCAAAAUGAAAAAAUUUGUCACCAGGUACAUUCACAAGUCUGUCCCCAGACAGAGAGGUCCUCUCAUGGAUCAGAUCAGAGACUGGCUGCUCCAGGUUCCAGAGGAGCAGCUAAGGAAUCUGCCAGAGAUGCUGAGAACUUCAACACUCACCUCCAUGGCAGAGAAACUAAAGCGGAGACUGGACUGGAUUAAGGAGCAGAGCCCAAACUGUAGCUUAGGUUUGUAAGAUAAAAGCCUCAUUAAUGUCCUGAGAGGCUUAAGACAAUAACAUACGUCCUGCUCAGCAGCACUUUGUACUAGAAUUAAUAUCAAUGCAAAACAACCUUAAAUAAAGACUUUGUUAUCUUAUAAACUGACAGUUUUCAUUACCUUUGAUUUUUGUUUUAUGUUGGACUUUGGUGUCAUUCUUUAUUUACGUUGGGUUUACAGUCAAGUCAACGUGAGUUAUGCUGAUCUUGUACAUGAAUUGUCUUUGGAAAAUAUGCACUGACAUGAACUGCUUAAAUAAAUAUUUUGACAAGUA